CAAAUCAAAAUAUUUUCAUUAUUAAGAAUUAUUUAUUUUUAUUUUAACAUGGUUUAAUCUGUGGCGUAGAUUACCGGAAACCAUUAUCUAUUUUCGUAUUUCAUUUAGUUGACCUAUGAGUUGUUUAGGACCUCAACCAAGAUAACAAUUUUAUCGUUUUUUAUUAUUUUAUAACAUGACUCUCCCAGAUAUGCUUGAAAGAAAUCCAGGCUGUGAAUUAGAUUUAGGCUGGCUGAACAAUGUAAGAAUAAAUCUUACAGCCAUAAACAACAAGGCUAAGGCAUUAGCUGAGUCAGUGUGUCUCAAGAAUGAAUACAGAGCAGCUUGGCUGCUAAAAGCUGUAACCUGUAUUGAUUUAACCACUUUAGGAGGUGAUGACACUCAUGGAAAUGUUUCCAGACUUUGUCACAAGGCCGCCAGACCGAUAGCUGAGGAUUUGCUGGAACAAUUAGGUUUUGCAUAUGAAAACAAUGCCUGUCCAAUUAGAACAGCAGCAGUUUGUGUGUACCCUUCAAAAGUUGAAGAUGCUGUCAGUACAUUGAAAAAAAUGGGCCUGGUCAACAAAAUAAAUGUUGCUGCUGUCGCCACUGGGUUUCCGAGCGGACAAAUGCCACUCAAAACCCGCCUUGAGGAGAUCAAAUAUGCAGUGGACAAAGGUGCAAAGGAAAUUGACAUUGUGAUAGAUAGGAGUCUUGUAUUAACUGGCCAGUGGAAUGUUCUCUAUCAAGAGAUACAGCAAAUGAAGGAGGCUUGCGGACCGACUGCGCAUAUGAAAGCAAUUUUGGCCACCGGGGAAUUAGUAACGUUGGAAAACGUUUACAAGGCUUCACUUGUUGCUAUGAUGGCGGGCAGUGACUUUAUUAAAACUUCUACAGGCAAAGAAUCAGUUAAUGCCACACUACAGUUUGGUAUUGUCAUGAGCAGGGCGAUAAAAGAGUAUUACGAAAAAAUGGGCUACAAAGUGGGCUUGAAACCUGCGGGUGGUAUUAGGACAGCUUCGGAUGCCCUCACCUGGUUGGUUUUAAUAAAGGAAUCGUUGGGGGAUAGUUGGUUGAGUCCAGAUUUAUUUAGGUUCGGUGCGUCUGGUCUUCUGGGCGACAUUGAGUGUAAAUUGUUUGAAUUUGUUACGGGCAAAAAAGCCAACCCAUACGAGUUUACAAUGGGUUAAUACCAUAACUUGUAUAUAAAGCAUAAAAAUAAACAGUUUUCAAUGA